UUUGUAUGUAUACAUAUAUAUAUAUAUAUAUAUAUACCGCUGUGGUGCAGGUCAACUACACGAUUAUGCACAACAGAAUUACCGCAGCUCGGUCCCUAACAACAAUUGCCAAACCGAAUUUUUUAGAGAAAUUAAAAGCACGAGUCACAUUUUGGUGUCGCCCUACCAUCAGAUUUAGCCGAUGAAUAUCUGGAUCUAGUUGUUUGGCACGUUUCAUUUAUUUAGGUUCAGACAGGGCACUGGUUCCAAAGCCUUUGUCCAUUGUCUGUUUGUAUAAAUACAAGUUGUGUGCUUUGGAACAAAUGUCCCAUUCAGGGAAGAGCCACUGCAGCUCCUGUACCAGCACACAGCUGAGGGCCAGGCCUAGUAGGAGAGACUCCUCAGCUCCCCUGGUCUUUCUUGUGGUCUAAAUUUAAAACUGUCCCAGCCUUAAAAGGUCCUGACGGGGUCUUGUGCAUUCUGCCGAGUGGCAGCAUUAUUUUUGUUCUGUGGACUGUGGUCCUGUCCACUGCCCCUCACCCUGCUGCUUUGCCUGGAUCUGGACUUGCUUUAGCUACUUUUGGAAUAAUACACAAUUUUUCCUAUUUCAGCUGUUGUGGAUUAGUGGAUUUUUACUUGUGGGCUGGUAAAGUAACGGGCAGUCUGACAUUAAGUUGGCUGGAGUGGACCUCAGGAUGUCAGAAUCAUUGCAAGUGGCGCUGAAACAGCAGAAGCAGCUGCAGCAGCAUCAGAAGCAGGAGAAGAAACAGCAUCACUAUGAGAGCAGCUAUCACCUGAGCACCAAGUCAUCUGUUAGCAAGCAGUCAUUCUCCACUUACAAGACAACCAGCCAUCGUCUGAAGACAUCUGUGAAGACAGAAAAGGGGCAGGAGGUGGUUAAACUGAGCCCACUACCCAAGAGAGCUAGACGCACCUACCUGGCGAUGGACACGGACAAAGAAGUUAUAGGUUAUGUUAUUCCUGUAUUUAGAGCCGAUCAUGAUGUGGUUCGAAGCCUGGCAGAGGCACGAGAGGAGGAUGUUACGGAGGAGGGGAUUAAUUAUGUGGCCAUGAGAAACCUGUUUGUUAGGGAGGCCAGGGAGGCUCUGGAUGUUAAAGUGGUGAAGAAAAGCAGAACAGUACAGUACAGAGAAUCUAUGGAACGCAUGGAACUGAGCAGGACUCUGGAUGUGCGGGCAGAGCUCCGUAAGAAAAUGAACCCAGACAACUUGAAUCAUCCUCCAGAGUUUGUUAUUAAGCUUCGUGGACAGACGGUCUGGGAGGGCAAGACUGUCACGUUGCACUGCACUGUCGCUGGGUGGCCCAAACCCAAAGUUGCCUGGUACAAGAACAAUGUUCUUAUUGAUCCCAAAGCCCACCCUGAGAAGUACACAGUCGAGAGCAAUUACAACAUGCACUCCCUGGAGAUCAAGAACUGUAAUUUCUUCGACACUGCUCAAUAUUGCAUCUCUGCCCUCAACGUGAAGGGGGAAGCGUCCUCUGUGGCUACUGUUGUUGUCAAAAGGUUCCAGGAUGCUGAGGAGGCAGGUGCACUGGAUCUUAAACCACAUGGUUUCUGCCCUGAGCAUGGUGUUACCUUUAACGCCACCAUCAUUGGCAAAUUUGAAGUGGCCUUUGGUUACGAGGGUGAGACGCUGAGUCUGGGCUGCACUGUCAUUGUUUAUCCGACUGUAAAGAAAUACCAGCCUGAAGUUGUGUGGUACAGAAACUCUGUGCCCCUGAAGCCCUCCAAGUGGGUACACACCCACUGGUCUGGGGAACAUGCCACACUCACUCUUGUCCACCUCAACAAGGAAGAUGAGGGCAUGUACACUCUACGUGUCAACACAAAAUCUGGCUUUGACACCUACUCAGCCUAUGUGUUUGUCAGAGAUGCCGAUGUGGAGGUGGAGGGGGCUCCUGUAGCUCCCCUGGAUGUGCGCUGUCAUGAUGUCAAUAAGGAUUAUGUGGUGGUGACCUGGAAGCAGCCAGCGGUGGAGGGCAGCAGCCCUAUCCUGGGAUACUACAUUGAUAGGUGUGAGGUGGGCACCCACCACUGGGCUCAGUGUAAUGACGUCCCAGUGAAGUACGCCCGUUUCCCUGUCACGGGGCUAGUGGAGGGGCGCUCUUACGUCUUUAGGGUGCGGGCCUUGAACAAAGUAGGACUCAGUCGUCCAUCCCGUGUCUCUGAGGUCGUGGUUGCUAUGGAUCCCUCUGACAGGGUUCGCCUCAGAGCUGGGCCCUUGGCCCCUUGGACUGGAAUGAUUAAGUUCACAGAGGAGGAUCCCACUGGUGGUGUGGUGCCUGGAGAACCAACGGAUGUUGUGGUUACCGAGGCAACCAAGAGCUAUGUGGUCCUUGCCUGGAAGCCGCCAGUCCAGAGAGGUCAUGAAGGAGUCAUGUAUUACAUUGAGAAGUGUAUUUCGGGGGAAGACAACUGGCAGAGGGUGAACACUGGCAUGCCUGUCAGGUCUCCCCGCUUUGCCCUGUUUGACCUGGCAGAGGGUAAAUCCUACAGCUUCCGUGUACGCUGCUGCAAUUCUGCUGGUGUGAGCGAGGCCUCUGUGCCCACAGAAGAAACCAUUAUUGGGGAUAAACUGGACCUGCCAUCUGCUCCGGGUGCCCCAGUGACCGCAAGGAACACUGCCACCUCAGUGGUCGUCUUCUGGGGGGCCUCUAAGGAAGUCAAACAUCUGGUCGGCUACUAUAUUGAAUGUAGCGUGGUGGGCUCCAAUGUCUGGACACCUUGCAACAACAAGCCUGUCAAGCAGACCAGGUUUGUGUGCCAUGGCCUGACCACUGGAGCGAACUAUGUGUUCCGGGUAAAGGCAGUCAAUGCUGCUGGAUACAGCCAGAGCUCCCCUAGUUCUGAAACAGUUGUUGUACAACCUGCCAUCUCCGUCCCUGGGAACCCCACUGGAGUGACCUUGCUGGAGGCCGUAAAGGACUAUAUGGUGCUGGGCUGGACCGCACCUGCUAACAGUGGAGGUGCUGAUAUCAGGGGAUAUUUUGUGGACUACAGGACCGUGAAGGGAAACGUUGUUGGGAAGUGGCAUGAAAUGAACCAAAAGGCAUUAACCGCAACUUCCUAUAAAGCUGAGAACCUGAAGGAAAACGUCUUCUACCAGUUCCAGGUGCGCGCUAUGAACAUGGCAGGUGUGAGCAAAGACUCUGUGACCAGUGCACCUUUAGAGUGCAAGGAGUGGACCAUUACUGUGCCAGGUGCUCCUGUUGGUCUUCAUGUGCUGGAGGUUCGUGACACCUCCAUUGUGGUCCUGUGGGAGCCACCUGCUUUUGAUGGCCGCACUCCUGUCAAUGGAUAUUAUGUGGAUGUCAAGGAGGCUUCUGCUGGAGAGGAGGGCUGGAAGGCUGCCCAUGAAAAAGCCAACAGAAUGAAAUAUAUGAAGGUGACUGGGCUGAAGCCUGGUACAGCCUAUGUCUUCCGUGUUCGUGCUCAAAACCUUGCUGGAGUUGGAAAGCCCUCAGCAGUCUUAGGUCCAAUCCUGGCCCAGACUGCUCCUGACACCAAAGAGAUUUAUGUGGAUGUUGAUGAUGAUGGUGUCAUCUCUAUGGUCUUCGAAUGCUCUGAAAUGAAAGCAGGCUCUGAAUUUGUUUGGUCCAAGAAUUAUCAGGCCAUCACAGACAAUUCACGCCUCACUAUCGUCACUGAAAAGGGAAAAUCCAGAGCUAUCUUCAAUGAUCCUUCCCUGGAGGAUCUGGGCACCUUCUCCUGUGUGGUCACCAACACUGAGGGCAUCUCCUCCAGCUACACACUCACCGAGGAGGGUCUCAAGCGUCUUCUGGAAAUCAGCCAUGACCACAAGUUUCCUGUUAUUCCCUUCAAACAUGAAAUGUCCAUGGAGUUGCUCGAGAAGGGUCUUGUGCGGAUCUGGACCCAGGUGGAGAAGUGCACUUCUGCCUGCGAAGUGGAAUAUGUCUUUAAUGACACCAUACUUUCUUCGGGAUCGAAAUACACAAUGAAGUUUGACAAGUCGACCGGCAUCAUUGAAAUGUUCAUGGACUCUCUGGAGGUCACCGAUGAGGGGACUUUCACCUUUAACCUGGUGGAUGGCAAGGCCAAGGGUACAACCAGUCUGGUCCUCAUUGGAGAUGAAUUCAAGGAGCUUCAAAAGAAAUCACAGUUUGAGAGGGCAGAAUGGGUCAGGAAACAAGGUCCUCACUUUGUCGAGUACCUUGACUUUGCCGUUACGCCAGAAUGUGAUGUUCUGUUGAAAUGCAAGGUAGGAAAUGUCAAAAAAGAGACUGAGAUCACCUGGUCUAGGAACAGCAUCGGGAUAGCAGACAGUGAUGAGGAUGCCAAGAAAAUCCAGAGAAAGGACAGCGAUCUGACCUUCAAUAUCGGAAAGAUGUCCAAGAAGGAUGCAGGUACUUACGAGGUCUUCUUGAGGGACGACAGAGGUAGAGACAACAGCACCUUCAAUCUGACAGAUUCAGGAUACCAAGCUGUAAUGAAUGAGCUGUUCAGGGUUAUCGCCAACUCAGCCACUGAAAUCAAAGUCCUCAGCACUGAACACGGCAUCAUCCUCUACUCAGACGUCACAUAUUACCAUGAGGACUUGCGUGUUGUUUGGCUCUUAAAAGAUGCUAAGCUUCCAGCCUCAGAGAGAGUCAAGCCUGGGGUCACAGGAGACCAGCUUUGGCUUAAGAUAAAUGAGCCUACUGAGAAGGACAGGGGCAGGUACACCAUGGACAUCUUUGACGGCAAGGCUGGUAUAAAGAGAUUCUUUGAUCUGACUGGCCCAGCAUGGGAAGCGGCAUUUGAAGAAUUUAAAAAGCUCAAGGCGGCAGCAAUUGCAGAGAGAAACCGUGCUCGUGUUAUUGGAGGCUUGCCAGAUGUGGUUGCAAUCCAAGAGGGCAAGUCCCUGAACCUGACUGGCAAUGUCUGGGGCGACCCUGCACCUGAGGUGAGCUGGAAAAAGAAUGAGAAACCACUGGUAUCUGACGAUCGCUACAAACUCAAGUUUGAGCAAGGGAAGUAUGCCAGCAUCACAAUCACCACCGUCACCACAACUGACUCUGGCAAAUACGCUCUCGUGGUCAAGAACAAGUACGGCACAGAGGCUGGCGAGUUCACCGUUAGCGUCUACAACCCAGAAGAUGAGGAGAACAAGGGGGAUAAGAAAGACUAAAGGAUGAUGCAGUGUGAUGAAAUAAACCAGAAGAGAUCAACGACUGGGCUGUCUCCAAAGUGUCUUACCCCGGCGCAUGCCGGCGCAGCUUUACACUUUAAAUAAAUAAUGAAUACAGCUGCUUCCCUCUGCGUCUUUCAUUUGCUGGGCUAAAGAGCUUUGGGAAUUGCUUGUCAAGAAAGUAAACAGUGAAUGUGAUGAAGGGUGGAUAAUUGUAUGAUUGUAGUUGCUUGACAUGUCUUCUGGCUACUAUCAGCAGUUAAUGUAAUAUUUGGGCGAAGGUUAACCUGUCAUUAAUCUUUGGAAGGCCAGAAAAGCAAAAUGCUGUUUUCCUAUAAUAUUACAGUAUUAUAUUUGGGUAACCUCUCAAACCACACCUCCCUGAGGUUUAUGUACUGUAAAAAAAAUAAAGGGAAAAAUAUUAUGAAUUGUUUACCAUUUGUUUAUUGUUUUGAGACAUGGGGAAAAUGUGUC